CUCCUUCGUCCACCCUAUAAAAGCAGCAGAAAGCGGGAGUUGCAGAUAAAGCAAAAACAUUAUUCCAGAGAGAGAGAGAGAGAGAGAGAGAUUGUAGUGGUGGAGAUUCUAUCCAAUGUGACGUUAAGCUACGCCAGAGAGUGUGUGCGUGGAUUGAGAGAGAGAGAGAGAGAGUACCUGGAACUAACUAACUCGCCUGGAAAAUGACGACGGGUAUAAUACACGAUCAGAAUCUGGAGAAGCACAUAGAGAAGCAAAUGGGUUGUAUGUCUGGUUUCUUCCAGAUCUUCGAUCGCCACCAUCUUCUGACCGGCAAAAGACUCAACUCCACCAAGCGCUUACCUCCCCCACCGGCGGGUGAUUCCACGCCGGAGAUGCCGAGAGAAGCGGAGAAGCCACAACAAACUAGGCCAAUGACUUCACCGAGUCCAGACCGUCUGCAAUUUUCUCCGCCGACGGAUUACCGAUCGCCGGCGGAUAUUCCGGCGACAUUUCCUCUCCCCCUGCCCCUAUUCGAAUGCAAGGAUGGGGUAAAGUCCUCUUGGAAAUUCUCCAAAGAAGCACCUCGACUUUCCCUGGACAGCAGGGCCAGUGUAGACGCCAAGGGGAAAAUCCGGAUAAAUCCCGCCGUUCUGAACGACGUCGUAGCAACAGCGGAUGGCUGCGGCGGCGACGACAAGCGAAGGUCCCCCAGCGUCAUUGCGAAACUCAUGGGACUCGACCAGCUGCCAAACAAUUCAACUCCCCAUGAACCAAUCCACAAUGCCGAACUAAGGAGAUCCGCUUCCGAGUCUAGGGUUUCAAGAGAUUACCGGUUCACCGAAGGCAGUAACAACAAUUUCCAUAUAAAACAACAGAACCAGUUUCACUCGCGAGACAAUGCCGCCAGGGAAAACACCGCCGCCGCCGCAUUGAACAGGAGACCACCAGAUCCGAUGUCUUCCGAACAGACAAAGCCUUUGUACAGAGGGGUUUGGAAAUCAUCACACCAACAGCAUAGGAAGAGCUUCUUCGACUCGGCCGACUUUUUCCCCGAGCCGAAACAAACGGUGUGCGUGUACGGAGAUGUCGAGAAGAGGUUAAAGAUGAGAGGCAUCGACGAUGCGUCGAAGGAUCUGGAGACGUUGAAGCAAAUCCUCGAGGCUAUGCAACUGAAAGGCCUCUUACAUUCGAAGAAGGCUUCAGAACAGCAAAUCAGCCAGAGAAACUUCGUGUACGACGGGAGUUGUUUCUAUUCAGAUGAUCAAUCUCCAAUCGUCAUCAUGAGGCCCUCCAGAUCACCGGCUCCUUACAAAAGCUUCCCUAACAAUUCGCCAAACAGAGCCGGUGCCAGUCGGAAUCUGAAUAACUCCGGGGACAACCUGCCGCCGUCGAUGAGUCCACGACGAGAGCGGCAAUCGGUCGAAGCGAGAUCUAGGAAUUCGAGCUCGCCGACGCGGAGAGAGAGCAACAACGUGAAGAGUCCGUGCUCGUCGCCGGCGAGGAGGCGAGCAUUGAGCAGCGUCGAGACGCAGAGGAAGGGCAAUGAGCCGGCGGAGCAGCGGCGAGCUCCUCCUGUUCGCUCACCAAGGCCCAGUCCGAAGAGGAACAGAUCUGAUCAAGCCGUCAUCGCGGCUCGAUUACCGAGGAACAACAGGAGAUCGACGGACGAUAUUGCACAGAAGGAGAAGAUCUGUUCCGUCCUUGUAGAAGAUAUGGAGUCAUCAUCGUUUUCGGAAAGCAAUGUCAGUACGUCUUCCCAUACUGAUACAGAGAGGUUGAAAAUGGGGGAGAGGCGGGGAGGGAGGAGUCUGCUGGAGAGGUGCGAUAAGCUGGUGAACAGCAUUCUGGAAAUGACGGGGACUGAGUUGCAACCGAGUCCGGUGUCCGUCCUCGACUCGUCGUUCUACAAGGAUGAGGAGUCGUCGUCGUCUCCGUCGCCUGUGCUUAAACGAACCAUCGAUUUCAAAGAUCAAUCGGGAGAAUUCGAAGAAGAGAUAUGGAGCCCUGCGAUUUCGCCCCUCCGAUCAAAACAUGAGGAUGAAUCGGAAGAAGACUGUGAUUUCGUCUACAUCUCCGAUAUCCUCCGAGCUUUCAAUUGCCUCCCCGAUGACUCCGAUGUUUUCCUAUUACUGGAAAAGCAACAGUAUUUCAAAGGGAAAGACACCUCCAAAGCAUCCAGACUCCAACGAAGGCUCAUCUUCGACACCAUCACCGAGAUUCUCAACCGAAACAUACAACUGCCGCCGUGGAUAGUCAUUUCGCGCUCGAGCAUCGAAAGGCCUUCUUCGCUGCAUCAGAUUUGGUCGGAGUUUCAAAGGAUUCGCGAACGGGACGCCACGGCGGAGGAUUUGUUCGACGUAAUACGCGGCGUUUUGCGCAAGGAUUUGGCCGGGGACGGUGUCAGCGGGUGGGGGGAUUGCCCCGUGGAGAUGUCCGAGGCAGUGUUGGACAUCGAACGGCUGAUUUUCAAGGAUUUAGUCGGCGAAACGAUCAGAGAUCUCGCUGUUUAUGCAGGGUAUAGCAGGGUCCCGAUAGCCGCUUGUAGGAAGUUGGUUUUGUAAGUUAGUUUUCGCGCGCUUCUUAUUUAUUUGUGUGCCUACUAGAUUUUUAUAUUUACAUUUUGGUCCCUUUGUUUUUAAAAUUAGCAAAUUAAUUAAGUUGUAUCUCGAGGGGGGCUGAAACCUGAAAAGCAGGCAAAUCUAGAUGGCCUCUUUAUAGAGAAAAGCUGUGGGAUUGGAAAAAUCUUGGAGAAGUGUACGUGUGAUUUAUCAAGCAUAAAUGGACUUCUUUUUUGGUA